AUGGCUGCUGGCGGAGCGGUGUCCUCGGGCACAACGGUAGGAUAUGAGCACCUCCUCGAUCCUAAGAGGAAGUGGAACACUAAUCGACGGCUGAUAACACUUCAUGCUUGGAUCGUCCUCCUCGUCAUCACGUCUUCCGCCAAUGGAUUCGAUGGAAGUUUAAUGAAUAGUUUCCAGUCGCUGUCUCAAUGGGAGAUGUACUUCAACUAUCCCUCCGGCGGCAAACUGGGUCUACUUAAUGCCAUUCAAAACAUUGGAUCGCUCGCUGGCUAUCCUUUCGCACCAUACCUCUCCGAUGGGUUGGGACGUCGACCCACCAUUUUUAUCGGUGCCACUAUCAUGUUGGUUGGUGUUGCUGUUCAGUCCGCAGCUUACAACCUUAGCAUGUUCAUCAGCGCACGAUUUUGCGUUGGCUUCGGUUUGACGUUUGCAACUAAUGCGGCUCCUAUGUUGGUCACGGAGAUUUCAUACCCGAAAUAUCGUGCGCCACUCACCUCGGUAUAUAAUUCGUUGUGGUACUCCGGAAAUGUUAUUGCAUCAUGGACAACGUAUGGUACCGCAAGGAUCAACAACAACUGGUCGUGGCGAAUCCCUUCUCUCAUGCAGGGCAUUCCAUCAGUCUUCCAAUUUAUUCUGGUUCUCUUUGCACCGGAAAGUCCGAGGUGGCUCAUCUCCAAGGGGAGAGAUGCUGAAGGUCUUCGCAUCCUUGCGUACUACCAUGCGGACGGUGACGAGCAAGAUCCUUUGGUCCAAUACGAGUUUCAGGAAAUCAAAGCAGCUAUUGGGCUGGACCGUCAAUCAUCGAAGAACGUCGGCUGGACUUCCCUCGUCAAAACUGCAGGAAACAGAAGGCGUAUCCUCAUUAUAACUGCUAUUGGUUUUUUCUCGCAGUGGUCUGGCAACGGUUUAGUGUCCUACUAUCUCCACGACGUUUUCGACGCGAUUGGAAUCAAGAGCGAGGCUAUCCAGUUGCUGAUCACGGCCAUUCUGGCCGUCUGGAACUUGUUUUGGGCCAUCGGAAUUUCGUUCUACGUCGAUCGACUUGGUCGUCGCCCCCUCUUCCUCGCUGCAGCGGGUGGUAGUUGCAUUUUCUUCACCGUGCAGACCAUCUGCUCCGCACAAUUCGCGAUCCACGGCACGCCUGCAGCUGCUCAUGCAGUAAUUGCGUCUAUCUUCCUGUACUACGCGGCUUAUGACCUUGCAUUCACACCUCUCCUCGUGACUUACACUGUCGAGAUUCUCCCGUUCCCCAUACGUGCUAAGGGCCUCAAUAUCUCUGGUGUCGUCAUCUCCUCCGCCCUCAUCUUCAACCAAUACGUCAACCCGAUCGCGCUGAGCAAGCUCGCGUGGAAGUACUACAUCGUCUACUGCUGCUGGACAGCGUUCGAAUUCGUCUUCCUGUACUUCUUCAUCAUCGAGACGAAGAACCGCACGCUCGAAGAGACCGCGGCACUGUUCGAUGGCGAGGACGUCGCGGAGCGCAUCGCUUCUGCGCAGGCACAGCGUGAGGUCCGGGAGGAUCUUCGUGGCCUGGACGAGAAGGACCCCGAGAAGCUGAUAGUGUGA